AUUUCAUUUUGGGCUGAAGCUCAACUGGGUCCAUUAGGCCCACAUCUUCUCAAGGGACAAACGACGUCGUUGGGUGAUGAAGGAGGGUUUUAGCUGCCUGGGGUUGAAAGCAGAGGCUUCGGAGGAGAAGAAUCGCCGUCGGAAACCAAUCAAUCAGCGAUGAAACCGGUGGUGGGGACUGUGGUGUCCAACAAAAUGCAGAAAUCGGUGGUUGUGGCGGUGGACCGCCUCUUCCACCAUAAGCUAUACAACCGCUACGUCAAGCGCACCUCCAAAUUCAUGGCGCACGACGAGCAAAAUAACUGCAACAUCGGCGAUCGCGUGAGGUUGGAUCCUUCGCGGCCGCUCAGCAAGCGGAAGCAUUGGACUGUGGCCGAAAUCCUUAAGAAAGCGAGGAUAUACGUGCCGCCGUCUCUUAACAAGGAUGUUUCUACACCAAAUGAUUCAAGCAACAAGACGUCUUGAGGAGUGCAGAUCUUCUUGCCCCAGUUCAAACAUCGAGGACUUCAGCACUGCACAAUGCCCGCCGUCAGAUAUACUGGUUUUGAUGUUGUGGAGCCAUUUACUAAGAAUACCUUCUCUUUUGAUGUAGGACCUCUGUGAAUCCUUAGAAAACUUUUGUAGCAGUUUUCAUUCUAUGGGGUUUUAUAUCCGCUUGGAUUCUUUAUGAAUAUGCUGUUGUGCAUUUAUUUCGAUUGAUUAAGCGGAUUCAAGAAAUUGGAGAUGAAUCAUCUCUUUCUUUUC